GUGCAGCAAAAAAAGCUUCAUUGCUGAGUUUUGGUUGGAGGAGGAGGCGCACGCGGAAAAAAUGAACAUGAACUCCACGUUGGGCGAUCCAGAACCGGACAAGCUGUUUCCUCCCUCCGAUGGCGUGAAAGCCUCUGACAGAAGCAUGUCCAGCUCCGACAGUGGGAGUGGUGAAGAUUCCCUGGACGGCUGCGUCCCUCGCUGCUGUCCCCUGACACCGUCAUUGUCGCCCCAAAAACGCACCACCAACCAGUCCCAAACGGAGCCCCCGUUGCUGAGGACCAGCAAGAGGACCAUCUACACGGCCGGCAGGCCCCCCUGGUACAACCUCACCGGCACCACGUUCAAGGAGGCCUUCGUUAUUGGUCUAUGUGGAGGAAGUGCGUCUGGGAAAACAACAGUAGCCAACAAAAUCAUCGAGGCGCUCGACGUACCCUGGGUGGUUUUGCUUUCCAUGGACUCCUUCUACAAGGUACUGAACAAAGAAGAGCAGGAGCUAGCGGCUAAGAACGAGUACAAUUUCGACCACCCCGACGCCUUCGACUUUGAGCUGCUGGUCAGCGUCCUGCGAAAGCUUAAGAAAGGAAAAAGCAUCAAAGUCCCCGUGUAUGACUUCACGUCUCACUGCAGACGCAAAGAAUGGAAAACUGUGUACGGGGCCAAUGUCGUCAUCUUUGAGGGCAUCCUGGCUUUCGCCAACAAGGAACUGCUUAAGCUGCUGGACAUGAAGGUCUUUGUGGACACCGACUCGGACAUCCGGCUCACUCGCCGGUUGAAGCGGGACGUGUCGCAGCGCGGCCGCGACAUCGGCGGCAUCAUCAAGCAGUACAACAAGUUCGUCAAGCCGGCCUUCGAGCAGUACAUCGAGCCCACCGUGCAGCUCGCCGAUAUCGUGGUGCCCCGAGGUGGCGACAACUUUGUGGCGCUGGAUUUGAUCAUGCAACAUGUACACAGUCAGCUGGAGAAGCGUGAAAUCACCGUGAGGUCUGCUCUGGCGUCGGCCCACCAGGGUCAGCCUCUGCCCGACACUUUGAGCGUCCUGAAGAGCUCGCCGCAGGUGCGCGGCAUGCACACCAUCAUCAGAAACAGAGAGACCAACCGUGACGAGUUUGUCUUCUACUCCAAAAGAUUAAUGCGACUCCUGAUCGAGCACGCCCUCUCUUUCCUGCCCCUCAAGCCCACGUCUGUGGAGACGCCUCAGGGAAGCGUCUACCACGGCAGGAGACUUAGCGGUAAAAGAAUAACAGGCGUGUCCAUCCUAAGAGCGGGCGAAACCAUGGAGCAGGCGCUCAUGGCUGUCUGCAAAGACAUCCGACUGGGCAAAAUCCUCAUUCAGACCAACCACGACACAGGCGAACCUGAGCUCCACUACCUACGGCUGCCUAAAGACAUCAGUGAGGACUUUGUCAUCCUGAUGGACAGCACCGUGUCCACUGGCGCUGCUGCCCUCAUGGCCAUCAGAGUUCUGCUGGACCACGACGUGGCGGAGGACAAGAUCUUCUUGCUUUCGCUACUCAUGGCGGAGAUGGGCGUCCACUCGGUGGCUUACGCCUUCCCCAAAGUGCGCAUCAUCACCACCGCUGUGGACAAAGAGGUCAACGAAAAGUUCCACAUCAUCCCCGGCAUCGGUAAUUUUGGCGAUCGCUACUUUGGCACUGAUGCCCCUUCAGACUGGUGCGAAAGUGACGACGGGAUGGACUUGUGACGGACCC